AUGGCAGCGGCGCCAGCGUCGCGGUGGGCUGGGCCUCGGAGCUCCUGCUGUAGCCAGGCCUUCUCCACCGCCGGCCUCACCGCCGCCUCUCGGGCAUGAGCGGGCCCUCCCGCCACGGCCUGCCGCCCUCCCUGCCGCCGCCCCCGCUGCAGGAUCCCAAGGGUGGGCCUUUUCUGGGAGCAUGCUUCAGGCCGCCUACUGCUACGUGCGGGUCGUGGGCAGGGGCAGCUACGGGGAGGUGACGCUCGUGAAGCACCGGCGGGACGGCAGGCAGUAUGUCAUCAAAAAACUGAACCUCCGAAAUGCCUCCAGCAGAGAGCGGCGAGCUGCUGAACAGGAGGCUCAGCUCUUGUCUCAGCUGAAGCACCCCAACAUUGUCACCUACAAAGAGUCAUGGGAGGGAGGAGAUGGUCUUCUCUACAUUGUCAUGGGCUUCUGCGAAGGAGGUGAUCUGUACCGGAAGCUCAAGGAGCAGAAAGGACAGCUUCUGCCCGAGAGUCAGGUGGUAGAGUGGUUUGUACAGAUCGCCAUGGCUUUACAGUAUUUACAUGAGAAACAUAUCCUUCAUCGAGACCUGAAGACUCAAAAUGUCUUCCUAACAAGAACAAACAUCAUCAAAGUGGGUGACCUAGGAAUCGCACGGGUGUUAGAAAAUAAUAGUGACAUGGCGAGCACCCUCAUAGGCACACCCUAUUACAUGAGCCCUGAAUUGUUCUCAAACAAACCCUACAACUAUAAGUCUGAUGUUUGGGCUUUGGGAUGCUGUGUCUAUGAAAUGGCCACUCUGAAGCAUGCUUUCAAUGCAAAAGACAUGAAUUCUUUAGUUUACCGGAUUAUUGAAGGAAAGCUUCCACCAAUGCCAAAAAUUUAUAGCCCAGAGUUGGCAGAACUGAUCAGAACAAUGCUGAGCAGACGGCCUGAAGAAAGACCCUCUGUGAGGAGCAUCCUAAGGCAGCCUUACAUAAAACACCAAAUAUCCUUAUUUUUGGAGGCCACAAAAGCAAAAACUUCCAAAAAUAACAUAAAAAAUGGUGACUCAAAAUCCAAGCCUGUGGAUGCAGUGGUUUCCAGAAAGGCAGAAUCAGACCACGAUGCGAUCGUCCCCCACCCUCAGUGUUCUGGCGCUUCCAGGACAUAUGUCAUGGGUGAAGAAGACAAUUGUUUGUCCCAAGAGAGACCUGUGGUCAUUGGUCCCUUGAAAUCACCUGUUAGUCCAAAAGGCCACACUGGCCAAUUAGACAUGAGCAAGACUACAGAAUCACUAGCUACGAUUAGUAGAGUAAAUAUUGACAUCUUACCUGCAGAAAGAAGGGACUUAAUGAAUGAUGGCUCAGUUCAAGAGAAUCAGCCUAGCUCAUUAGAUGCUGCUAAUGAGCUAGGUCAGUGCACCAUUUCUCAAGUGAAAGAGGAGAAGCCACAAGACAACCUGGAAUCCAGGGCUCAGCCUGAAAUCCUGAUUCCCAUGUGGUACUCUGAUAAUGGCUAUGGGGAAGGAAAUGAACCAGUGAACCCACCCCAGCACCUAAACAAAGACCAGAAGCCAAAGGACCAGGAACAAGUUGCUGGUGAAUAUGCUAUGAAAAAACAGGGUACAAUCCAUCUAGGUUUGCAGCCACACAAUUCUGAGUGUGACCCGUCCCUCUCCCGACAGCGAUGGCAGAAGAGAAGAGACCAACAGACUGAGCACAGUGAGAGAAAGAGCCAGUUCAAAGAGGCACCUCCUCAGUUUUUGCCUUCUCAUCCUACUGUUGGAAAAGUGAAUGUCAUAUCAACGCAAAAUGUUGAAAAACAAAGUAGACUAGCCAGUGAGUCUGUGUGCUGUUCUAGGAGCAUCGAAGUAUCAUCAUCAAAGGAUCGACCAUUAUCAGCCAGAGAGAGGAGACGGCUAAAGCAGUUACAGGAAGAGAUGUUCCCUUCAGGCCCUUCAGUGAGGAAAACUCUGAGUGCAGCUUGGUCAGGGAAACCACGGGAGGAAGGCCAUCCCACCCCUACUCAACGGCUCUCUUCUGACUGCAGUAUUACUCAGGAAAGAAAACAGAUUCAUUCUCUGUCUGAGGAUGAGUUAAGUUCUUCUACAAGUUCAACAGAUAAGUCAGAUGGAGACUCUAGGGAAGGGAAAAGUCAUACAAAUGAAAUGAGUGACUUGGUUCAACUGAUGACUCAGACCCUUAAACUGGAUUCUAAAGACAGCUGUGAAGAUAGAGUGGUACAAAAUCCAGUGCCAGAAUUCAAACUUCAUCGGAAGUAUCGUGAUACGCUAAUGCUUCAUGGAAAAGUUGCUGAAGAAGCAGAGGAACUCCAGUUUAAAGAGCUGCCUGCAGCUAUUUUGCCAAGUUCUGAAAGGAUCAGAAGAAUAGUAGAAGUCUUGAGAGCUGAUGUAAUCCGGGGCUUGGGAAUUCAGCUUUUAGAACAAGUGUAUGACCUUUUGGAAGAGGAAGAUGAAUCGCAGAGAGAGGUACGUUUACGGGAGCACAUGGGUGAAAAGUAUACAACUUACAGUGUGAAAGCUCGUCAGCUGAAAUUUUUUGAAGAAAACAUGAAUUUUUGAGAAUUUUCUCUAAUCUUCUAUAACUAAAGAUAUUCUCAAAGAUUUUGUCUUAGAAAGCAAACUGUUACUGUUACAAUUUAGGGGACAUUUGCCAUCCUUUUAUAACUCCUUGGGAUUUUUUUUAUGGAAAAGAACAGUAAUAUAAAGCAAGUUCAAAGAGUCAAAGUUAAAAAAAAAAAGCUUUUGGUUUUUAUACUUUUUAUGAGGAAAAAUGUUGGUUACUGUUUACUGAGCCUGAAACCAAUUUUAUAUCUAGAACUUUAUUUUUUUAAGGUACUAAUUAGCUUGAAACAAGUGCCAGAAAGCAUUGGUUUCAAAGUUAUUUUAUUAUAGUUAUAAAAACAACAGUAGAAACAAGUGACAUGGCCAGUGAUAUCUGCUAUUAUUAAUAACCUUAGGAAGUAUUGUGUGUACAAUACAUAUAUACAUAUAUAUGUAUAUAUAUACACACACAGAGUAGUUGAUAUGUAUAUAUAUGUAUAUUGUCAAUUUACUAUUCUGGGAAUAGAAUUUAAAGAAUGUGAAGUUCUAUGUAGUAUUUAAGGAACUGUUUUCCUUUUUUACACAUUGAUUAAUAUUAUUGUUAAUAUUUCAUUUACUAUGAAUCCCAUUUAGGUAUACAAGAAUUGGAUCUAAAGUAUUAAAAUACUUUGUAAAUCAUGUUUUCAUUUAUUAGUUUUAUUAGAUUUAUAUUUGCACCAGCAAGAACAUCUCUUAAAGACUCCUUUUCCAGGGGCUAGGAAUAUG